UUGAGAUUGCGUUACAAUCAUUACAAUUUUAUGUUCGCCAGCGAACGAGUGCCUUUUGCAUUUGUUCAGAGACAUUUAUAAGAGUAACCACGACAACAGCAUCGCUCUAAGGAAACGCGUCCCUCAAGUUUUCUUACGAUGCUAAUGAGACUCGGUACCUUUUGAAGACCUCAUCAGUCACACGCACAAGAUAUCUCUCAGCCGAUUUUACGUGCUUGAAGAAUCUCAAGGCACUAUUCACCAAAUGGAUUCUUCCUUGCUGAUAACUUACAGGACAAGUUGAUUUGUCUGAAGCAAUUACCACCACCAACUAAAUUAAUUAAAGGAAAAUAGAAAACGGAAGUGAUAACAGCUAACACUUGAUAGAUAGAGCAGAAAAACAAAUGGAAAUGAUGAAUGAUGACAAAUCGGAUCGCAUAAAACAAGACCAUAUUCAAGAUAUCAUGGAAGGAACCAUACCAAGUACAAAAUAUCAAAGUAAUGGCAUCGAUGGAUACACAAAAAGUGCAGACAAAAACGAAUACUAUGACUUUGUAGAGGCAAAAAGCACCGUUAAAUAUAUCAAACAUUUUGUGAAAGUAAUGAAGCCUAUAAUCGAUCAGAAUUCUGCGAAACCGAAGGAUUAUGAUAAAUGGACGGAAAAAGAACAAAUCAAACAUAUUAUAGAUAACAUGACAACGUAUACCCCAAAUAUACCGCAAUCCUUAUUAUUUUUUAUACCAGGUACAUUAUAUCGAGGAGAUUGUGGUCGAAAUUCGAUGGACAAACCACUCUGGCUGGACAUAGAAAAAUUCCAGAGAGGUCAAAAAUUCGUGCUAGAUAAUUUUGUCUCAAUCACGUUCGCUAAUAUAUUAUCGCUUUUCCAGAUAUUCGCUUUUGAAGAUGGUCUUAAACCACUCAUCUUCAGCCAACAAUCUCAUACGCCGUAUUUAGCGUUUAAAAGGUAUUCGGCUACGGCUAAUUAUGUAAAAAAUUGGAUGACGGAAGAUCCGUGGACCGUAGGCACGCGAGCAUACAACGAUAUACAAACUGUGCGUAGAAUGCACCGUGCAAUCCGAUUGAAACUCUGUGAACGCGAUACUGAGGAGAUCGAUAUGGCCUCUAAAAUUCCAAAUCCAUGGUGUCCUAAUAGAGAAACAAUUUUAAAAGAUUUAUCUUCCUGUCCAUAUCCGACUGUAGAAAAUGGUUAUAUCUAUCCACUGAUCAAACCUAAAGGGUUGAAUCAAGCAGAUAUGGCAGCCACGCAAUUCGCUUUCACGGGGAUGAUUUUGUUAUAUCCUCAAGAAUUCGGCGUUUAUGCUAGCGAUGAAGAUAUGGCAGCCUUUUGCCACACAUGGAGAGGUAUAGGAUAUCUUCUUGGCAUGGAGGAUCAAUACAAUUUCUGUCGCGGAAGUCUGAAGGAAAUUAAACAAAGAUCACGCGACUUCAUCGAAGUUUGGGUGAAACCCAACUUGAGGGAAGUAAUGCCCGAAUGGGAACAUAUGCUGAGAUGCAUAAUGGAAGGCGGUUCUUAUUUUAAUGAUGUUUUCACAUUCAAAAUGGCACUACUGUUUCUCACCAAUUUAUUGAACAUAGAUAUGCCACGUACGCGAAGUACGCUCACUUAUUGUGAAUGGUUUAAACUCAUUAUAAAUCAAUAUUUCAUAUUCCCUUAUGCUAUGAGGAUAGGAUUUAUAAAAGAGUUUCUGAAUAAGAUACUUUUUAAGCGACUCAAUGAAGCAAUCAAAUAUGGACCUAAAAAGCAUAUGGAAAUGAAAAAAAGAUCUCAAAAGACUUUAGCUGAGGGCCGAUAAUAUUUCUAUACAGACUCAGAGUUUUACUUAUACAUUAUUAGGUAUUAGUUAAUAAACAUUAGCAUUAAAAAGGUAAUAUAAUAGUAGAUAUCAAUGUAAAAUUAUAUUAGAUCAUAUUGUGUUUGAUAGCUUAAAUUAUGGCUAAGUUAUGGAAUAAUCUGAAUAGUAAACUGAAAAAUACGAAAAAUGUGUGU